GGAGAAUGCCAUGCUGCCUGUUGCCAACGUUACUACCGCUACCUUUCGCCGCGUAUGGGCUCGUCAUCCCUUGCGCGUCGACGUUGUUGUUGCACUGCUGCCCAUUUCUAAAAAUGCCUCUUUCCCUCGCGUGGUAAUCUCUGCCUCCGGGAUGCUGAUAUCGUGGCCGGGAGGCUGGUAUCGCCUUAUCGCCGUGGUGUUUUCCAUCGCCACCUGGUAUGUCUCGGGACAGACGAUAUUCGACUUCGCGCGGCAUGUGACGCACAAGGCCGAAGGCUUUCUCGACGAGUUGAAACUGGGGCUCAAAACCCUCCGGUACGGUCUCAACACUGUCGAGGGUGUGCUCAAGGAAUCCAAGGACGCGGAAUGCGCUUUCAAGUGUCCCAACGGAUUGCUUGCAAAGCCGAAGUCUGGAUACAAGCCCGUCCCCAAUGGAUGCGGCUCCUACGGUCUCAAAUUUGAUGAAAGCGGGCUGCCACACAAGGACAUGAAUUCCUGCUGCAACAGGCACGACAUCUGCUACGGAACGUGCCUAGCCACAAAGGACGACUGCGACUCCAAGUUCCUCGGUUGCCUCGACUCUGUGUGCGACAAGAAGACCGGCAAGCAUCACAAGGACAAGCUGAUGAGUUGCAAGGCCGCUGCAAGGGCACUUUACGCAGGCAGCCAAUAUCUUGGAUGUAAAGCAUUCAAGGAUGCACAGCGGCAAGCUUGUUUCUGCAAUAGAAAAGAUGAACUGUAAUCAUGAAUGUUUUGUUGUUACUUUUAAUAAAUGCAGCUAUAUUUCUUGGA